ACCAUUCGUUCAAUUCAUUUCUUAUGAAAUUAUAUACUUUUGUGAACUUGUCAGAUUAACAUACCGAAAAAAAGUAAUAUCAUAUGGGCAGAUGGGUGUACUGUUACAGUAGCAUGUAGUACUUCUACAAGUAAACAAUCACAUGACAUAGCUGCAUCAUAUGCCUUUUUGCUCAGUAAAUUUAAUGAAAUAUAAAUACACAGAAUAUAAGAUAUACUCAAUGUUCAGCAAACAUUUGAAGAUUAAAUUCAGUGCCAAAUUUCUUUACAGUUUGAUUUUAAUAUGAGAUUUUGAAAUAUUUAGGUUGGAAGCUUAUGACAGGAACCAGAAUUUCAAAUCUGACCCUGUGAUAUUACCUGAACCUUUGACAGCAGACUGGCCCACUGCAGGCUUCAAACAGCUUGUUGAAGACCACAAAAGUACCCUCCCCAAGAUAACUUCAGAGCAGAUUGAAGCAUAUUUUAUUUUUAGACUUGCAGGUGACAGACAGUGUGUCAGUGAUAUCAAAGCAAUUGUGAAAGGCCGUGCAAUGUACGAAAGUGACAGGAUUUUGGCAUGCUCUGUGAACGACGUACAUGAUGUUUAUUUGACUGGGAUGGUUGCAGCAGCAAUGAAACAGAAAGUUACCUAUAGUUAUAAAAUAAGGAUUGAUAAGAACACUGGUGAUCCCCUCAACUCGCAUUGUGAAUGCCCAGCUGGAAGAGGCCCUCAUGGCACCUGUAAACAUAUAGCAGCCGUUUGUUUAAUGAUGGAGGAUUUCACACAUAAUGGGAAGAUCAGAGUUGCGAAGUCAGCCACAGAGAAUCUAAUGUCCUUCAAUAAGCCAAAAUCAUCAUAUAGAGGUUCACCUGUUAAGGCAGAGAAGCUGCCAUCCAAAAGAAAAUAUGCAAGUGAUUUUUUUGAUGAUCCACGACCACAGAAGUACAGAAACGAUGGUUCCUUUAAUGACAGAGUGAGAAAUAUUGUAACCAUUUACUGCAGCAAAACAUCAAAAGACCUUUCCAUACGAUAUCUAUAUUCAAGGGCAGAUAUUCAGGUUGAUGAAAAUCAAGUAGAGUUUAUCGAGAUUGCAACGAGGGGACAAGACAAGAAUCCUAGAUGGUUUCAAGAGAGAAUGUGGAGAUUGACAGCCUCAAGAUUUAGUGAAAUUUGUAAAUCUACUUGUCGACGGAAUACAACAAAACGAUGCAACUCUUUACUGAACUCAAAUUUGCAAUCACAGGCAAUUCUUCAUGGAAAGAACUAUGAAAAGAAAGCAUUAAGGCAGUUUGAAACAGGGUACAAUGUUGUUACAAGUGAAUGUGGCCUAUUUGUUUGCAUGGAACACCCAUUUUUAGGAGCAUCUCCAGAUGCCAUAGUUGAUAAAGAUGCUGUUGUAGAAAUAAAGUGUCCAUUUACUGGUAGGAAUGAGAAUGUAAAGCCUGGUCCUAAUUUUAAGUAUCUUAUGUAUGAUCGGAAUGGAAACAUUGUUUUGAAGCCAUCGAGUAAUUAUUUUGAUCAAGUACAGGGUCAGUUGUACAUUGCUAAUCAUAGUUUUUGUUUCUUUGUUGUAUACACAUUUUGUGAUUUGUUUGUACAAAAAAUUUACCUUGGCAGAAGUUAUGUAGAGAAUUCUUUGUUACCAAAACUUAGACUUUCUUUGAAAAAUAUUUCAGACCAUACAUUGCUUCCAGAAUUUAAAACAAUGUAAUGUAUAAAGCAACUGUGGGUUAACUUUGACUAAAUUUGAGUUUCUUAUCUCAACUAUGUUGAAUACUCAAUGCUAUGACUUGUAUAGUUAAAAGAAGGAAAUGUUGAGAAAUUUUUAUUGUGUGAAAUGUGUAUUGAAUGAUUCAUGUCAAGUUAUGCAAUCAGCACCACUUAUUAGCUCACCUGAGCCAAAGGCUCAUUUGUCUGUCGUCAUAAACUUUUCACAUUUUCGACUUCUUAAGAACCGCUGGGUGAAUUUCAACCAAACUUGCCACAAAGCAUCCUUGGGUGAAGGGCUUUCAAGUUUGUUCAAAUGGAGGGCCAUGUCCCUUUCAAAGGGGAGAUAAUCACAAAAAUAGGGUGGGGUCAUUUAAAAAUCUUCUCAAGAACCACUAGGCCAGAAAAGCUGAAAUUUACAUGAAAGCUUCCUGACCUAGUGCAGAUUCAAGUUUGGUCAAAUCAUGGUCCCCUGGGGUUGAAUGGUGCCACAAUAGGGGAUCAAAGUUUUACAUACAAAUAUAUAGGAAAAAUCUUUAAAUAUGAGCCAAGGUGACUCAGGUGAGCUGUGUGGCCCUUGGGCCUCUUGUUCAAGAGAAGCAUGUUUAGGGACUAUCAAUACUGGCCCCCAUUACGACAUUAGCACUAGUUAAUUAAUUUUCAAAUACACAGAUUUUACCAAACUUAAUUUGUAAAAAAAAAAAAAAAAAAAAAAAAAAAAAUUCAAUA